UCCAUGAGACAUUGCCAUCUAUUUUUUUUUGGGGGGUCUCUCUCUCUCUCUCUCUCUCCUCCUGCAUUUAUAUACACAAUCAUUCCAUUCAUUUCCAUACAAUCUCUCCACAUCUUUGCUUUCUCUUCCCAAAUCUAGCUAUGGCUUUCUUCUUUUUACUAUUUCUCACUGCUUUGAUCCCAGCAUCAACACAUGCUGAAUGGCCACCUUCUCCUGGCUACUGGCCAAGCACUAGGUUCAGGCCAAUGAGCUUCUAUCAAGGAUAUAAAAAUCUUUGGGGUUAUUCACAUCAAAGAGUAGACCAAAAUGCAUUGACAAUCUGGCUAGAUAGUACUUCAGGGAGUGGAUUUAAAUCUGUCAAGCCAUUUCGAUCUGGGUACUUUGGUGCUUCCAUUAAGCUUCAACCUGGUUACACUGCUGGGGUCAUAACAGCUUUUUAUCUUUCAAACAAUGAAGCUCAUCCUGGAUUCCAUGAUGAAGUGGACAUUGAAUUUCUUGGAACAACAUUUGGAAAGCCUUAUACAUUGCAGACUAAUGUGUAUAUAAGAGGAAGUGGGGAUGGAAACAUUAUUGGGAGAGAGAUGAAGUUUCAUUUAUGGUUUGAUCCAACCCAAAACUUUCACCAUUAUGCCAUUCUCUGGAGUCCCAAGGAGAUCAUAUUCCUUGUCGAUGAUGUGCCCAUAAGGAGGUACCCAAGGAAAAGUGCUGCAACAUUUCCACUAAGGCCAAUGUGGGUUUAUGGCUCAAUAUGGGAUGCUUCUUCAUGGGCUACUGAAGAUGGAAAAUACAAAGCAGAUUAUAGGUACCAACCAUUCGUUGCACAGUAUACCAAUUUCAAAGCUGGUGGUUGCUCAGCCUAUUCACCUGCUUGGUGCCACCCUCUCUCCGCCUCACCGUUCAAGUCCGGUGGCCUUACAAGGCAGCAAUACAGGGCAAUGAGAUGGGUUCAAACUCGCCACAUGGUUUAUAACUAUUGCAUGGACUCCAAACGGGAUCAUUCUCUAACACCUGAGUGCUGGCAUCGAAAGUGAAAAAAUUGCAACACUAACACAUGCCAUUGCAUACGAAGAUUACUUCAAAAAAAAAAAAAAAAGUUUUCUUUUUUACUUCGUCUUGUGAUUUCUUCUUUUUGUUUUUGGUCUCUUUAUGUUCUUUUAUUUAUGAAAGGUGUCUUGAGAUGGGUUCUACUUGGCAAGAAACACUGUGUAAAAAAAGGGAAAAAAAAAAAAGAAAAGAAAGAGUAGCUAAGCGUCCAAGGCUACCAUAGCAAUAAGAUAUGGUCAAAAUUGGGAAAUAUGUGUGGGAAUUCUUUUGUUUAAUGUUUUAAUUUUGCCCUUUUGCUCUUUUUAUUAUUAAUUUUAGUGUACAUAAAUAGGUAGAGAAACACACAAAAAUAUGAGAUGGAGAAAUGGCAGAGAAAAUAAAUGAGAAAAAGAAAUUAAAAAAAAAAAAAGAGAGAGAGAAUUGGAUGAUAAGGGCAGAAGGAGGGAUAUGGGACCAUGAAAGGGGGGGAUUAUUAUUGAGUGUUUGUAUUUUGUGUUUUCACUAUCAUUUCAUUUCUAAAUAAGUAAAAGUUAUUUUGUUGUUGUUUUUUU